CCUAUUUUUGUUAAACUCUUUUUUUCCCUUCCGCCGGGCUGCGUCGACGGCUCCACCUCCACCGACGACUGCUGCGCCAUGGGCGGCGCCGGCGGUGACUGCUGCUCGCUCCGCCUUCCCGACGACUCCCUCUUCCUCGGUCUCGACUGCUCCACCCAGUCGCUCAAGGCCACGGUGCUGGACGCCGGCCUGGGCAUCGUGGCCACCGACUCCGUCCACUUCGACUCGGACCUGCCGCACUACGGCACCCGCGGCGGCGUCCUCCGAGACCCCGGCGAGCGGGGCCGCAUCGUGUCGCCGCCGCUUAUGUGGGCGGAAGCGCUGGACCUGCUCCUCGGGAGGCUGAGGCCGCGCGCCGACCUCCGCCGCGUCGCCGCCGUCUCCGGCUCCGCGCAGCAGCACGGCAGCGUGUACUGGGCCAAGGGCGCCGGCGCCGCGCUGGCCGCCCUCGACCCUGCCGCCGCCGAGGGCCUGGCGCCGCAGCUCGCGACCGCGGGCGCGCUCGCGGCGCGGGAGUCGCCCGUAUGGAUGGACAGCAGCACUGCGGCGCAGUGCCGGGAGGUGGAGACGGCCAUGGGCGGGCCCCUGCGCCUGGCGAGGCUCACGGGGUGCCGCCCGCACCGGCGCUGCACGGGGCCACAGAUACGGAAGAUGCAUCAGACCCGGCCGGAGGUUUACGAGGCCACCGAGAGAGUGUCGCUGGUGAGCUCGUUCAUGGCGUCGCUGCUCGUCGGCGGGUACGCCUGCAUCGAUGAGACCGAUGGAGCCGGGAUGAACAUCAUGGACAUCGACACGCGCCAGCUGCGCCAGGACGCUCUUCAGGCUAUGGCUCCAAAUUUAGAAGAGCGGAUUGGGAAACUAGCACCAGCACAUGCUGUGGCUGGAAAGAUAGCCCCUUAUUUUGUUCAGAGAUUUCAGUUUUCAAGCAGCUGUCUAGUUAUUCAGUGGUCAGGCGACAACCCCAAUAGCCUUGCAGGCUUAACUAUGAGCAAUCCUGGUGAUCUAGCAAUCAGCCUUGGGACAAGUGAUACAGUUUUCGGGGUCACCGAUUCACCUGAACCAACCUUGGAGGGAAACAUCUUUCCGAAUCCAGUUGAUCCCAAGACCUACAUGAUUCUGCUUUGUUAUAAAAAUGGAUCUCUGACACGAGAAGACCUUCGCAAUUGUUAUGCUGAUAGAUCUUGGGAUCAUUUCAACAGGUUGCUUGAAGAAACAGUCCCCUUGAAUGGAGGGAAGUUGGGAUUUUACUACAAGGAACAUGAGAUUCUCCCACCGCUUCCAGUUGGAUUUCACCGCUACAUUGUCAAGAACUUCACUAGUGGACCUUUGGAUGAGAUGGUGGAAGAAGAAGUUGACAAGUUCGAUCCUCCUUCAGAGGUGCGUGCGAUAGUUGAAGGGCAGCUCAUGUCCAUGAGAGGCCAUGCUGAGCACUGUGGCCUGCCAGUACCUCCGAAACGGAUAAUAGCAACCGGUGGCGCGUCCUCAAACCCAGCAAUUCUCAAGAUAAUGGCAUCUAUUUUUGGUUGUCCAGUGUACACUUCCCAAAGAUCAGACUCUGCCUCUUUGGGUGCUGCUCUGCGAGCAGCCCAUGGGUGGCUUUGUAAGCAGCAAGACGAGUUCGUGCCAUUCUCAUGUGUGUACUCAGGAAGAUUGGAUGGAACAACACUUGGCUUGAAGUUGGCUGUUCCUUUUGGGGACUGUGAGGGAGACAUUGAGCUUCUGAACAACUACACAUUGUUGGUUAAGAAGAGGUUGGAGAUUGAGCAGAAGCUCAUUGCAAGAUUUGGUGGACCAGAGUGAAGUGACUGCUAGGGUUUGUUCAGUGAUGGAAAAAAUGCAAAUGCCAUGCAUGUUAUGCUGGUGAAUGGCAUCCUACUCAACAUGGCGAGGUAGCAGCAAGAAUGACCACCAAAUUUGCAAGAUCUAGUUGGUAGCUACUACUGCUACUUAGCACAGCAAGCAUGCACUGCUCCCACUUGUAAAUUAGUGGAUUCCUAUUGCCACUACACGUCUACACCUCACUCUCUUACAUGCACCAUGGCCACUAUCGACGACUCAUGAAAGGAACACUCAAACACACCUAGAUACCUAUGCCACAAUUUCCUUGCAAAAUGACAAGCUCAUAUCUUUUUUUUUUCUAUUUGUAAAACGAAAAUUUGUUGCUUUAAGUGCUGAUUUUUUUCGUUUGGAUUUUCA